ACGCACUCACCGGAGGUCUUUGAAAAGCUCGUCACCAUGAUCAACGACGAGGGCCAGGUCGUCGACCUUUACAUCCCGCGCAAGUGCGCAUGGACCAACAAGCUUAUCACGGCCAAGGACCACGCCAGCGUGCAGAUUAAUAUCGGGCACCUGGACGCCAACGGCGUGUACACCAAUCAGUUCAGCACUUUUGCGAUUGCUGGCAACGUGCGAGCCAUGGUGAGGGCGACUCUGCUCUGGACAUCAUGUGGCGGAAGAAGCAGGCGGAGCCGGUUCAAUAAGCGGGAUGCUGAUAGCAUGUAAUUCGGUGUGUGCAACUACCGCUUGCCGACUGUCCCCGCUUUCCCCACGGCACUCGCACAACCAGCCCUUGGCAGCUCAGGAUUGAAGUGAGGAAGCAGAGUUACAGCAGGUGCACGUCAGGGAGGCUAGUUGACGUGUGAGCAACGCAGACAUAUGUCGAAUACAAGUCCACACCCCUUGGGGCAAGGCACGUGCGCCCUGCUUUGACAGGGCACGUGCACCCCUCUUCUUGGGCUCCCCUCUGGUACGUGUUGGCGCAGCGUUAUAGCAUUUCCGGAGGAGGGAUCUGAGCGGAGGAGCGAGGCUUGUGACGCUGCUUAGGCACGGCCUAGCAGCGAAGCCCUGGCCAAGGCAUGUGGACCUCCCCCCUUACGGUUCAUGCCACGCCUGCAUCCUGACGUAUGGUAACGAGGAGCAAGUGCAGAUCUUCAUUAUCGGUAUUCGAUGAACCGCCGACCGGAAUAUAUAUGUUAUAUCAGGGCCCGCGAGCAGCCUAAUUGGGCAGAGCUAUCAAGGAGUCGUUUGGCGAGGGUCUUACAUCAUUAGUGGCAGGGUGGUAGCGUGCCAGCGGGGAGCAGAGUGGUUUUCGCGUCAAGCUCAUGACUGAAGAAAAGAUGAAGUAAAGCUGGAUUCGGGCGGCAGCUACCU